UAGUUGGUGAAUCGUUUAAAGUUUUGUUUUAGUUUUUUCUGCUUAUAGAAUUAAUACAAGAUAUUGUACUGUAUUAUUCUUGCAAAGGCCCAGUUUAAAAUGGCCAUCAGUCAGUCAGCCCAUUUCUCAGGCCUUCAGAUUCAGAGGAUUCAGAGCCUUCAAUAAAUUGUUCACCCAUCGAUUCAAAUGGUCAUACUGAGCUUUUUUUGCACAAGUUGAAUUGAUUCCUAACCUUCCCAUACUGAUUACUGAAGCAACCAAAAAUGCAUAACUAUUAUCAAGGUUGCCACACUCUCUAUUAUUAACAUCAUCAACUCAUCACCCCGGCUUCGAAUACAAACAGAAGGAGAACGAAAAGCUCAACCCAAAUCCGUCAGUCAUUAUGCUUUCUAAUGCAAAGAUCUCUACUGAAGGGAACCAAGAAAUCACUCCUACGACAGCCACAGCAACUCCACUCCUUUCUUUCCAAAAAUAUUAUUAGGAACUAUGCUUUUGGAAGAAGCGAUGGUGCUAAGGAUGUAACUCCAUGGACCAAUCUCAUCUCGGUCCUUGCUAGAUGCAGCUCUAGCAGCGAGAUGGCCUUGUUUGAGGCCUCCCGGAUGCGUAAGUUAGGAAUCAAACCCAAUAGCUACACUCUGGUCUGUAUGAUCCGGGCUUCAACGAAUUUGGGCUGGAUUUUCUACGGUCAGCAGCUCCACUGCUACAUCAUACACUCUGGCUUCAUUUGUAAUGUCUUUGUUUCAACCGCUAUUAUCAGUUUUUAUUCCAAGUUCGAGCUAUUCGAUAAUGCCCACAACUUGUUUGUUGAGAUUCUUCAUCCAAAUGUAGUUUCUUGGAAUUCUUUGGUUUCCGGGUACGUGCACGGCGGGCAGCCCCACAAGGCGUUGGCUUUGGUUCGUGAGUUGGACAGGUCGGACUUGCGGCCCGAUUCGUUCACAUUCUCUGCGUCGCUGGUUGCUUGUGUCCAAUUGGGUCUCUUAAAAUUGGGAAGGUCGAUCCAUUCGAAGAUAUUAAAAAUCGGUUUGGAAUGGAAUGUCGUAGUUGGUAACUGUUUAAUCGACAUGUAUGGCAAAUGUGGCUCUACGGACGAAGCAAUCCAGGUGUUCGACGAGACGAUAGACAAGGAUACAGUAACUUGGAAUUCAGUUGUAGGGGCAACCGCCAGGAAUGGAAGAUUCGAAGAAGCACUCAAACUUUUGCUUCAGAUGCCUGCUCCUGAUACAAUCUCAUACAACGAAGUGCUCAAUGGAAUUGCCCAAUUAGGACACAUCGAAGAUGCUGUUCGCUUUCUUGAAGAAAUGCCCAGCCCCAGCUCCUCUUCAUGGAAUUGUAUCAUCAGUGGCUACAUAAACCGGAACAGAUUGCCAGAAGCACUGGGUUUAUUCGCUAAGAUGCACUUGAAAGACAUUGAAAUGGACCAAUUCACGUAUUCUAGCAUUCUAAGAGGCAUUGCAGGCCUCUCAGCUCUAACAUGGGGGACAUUAAUUCACUGUAGAACGAUCAAGACUGGUUUGAAUACAUGCAGUGUCGUCGGAAGUGCUUUGAUCGACAUGUACUCCAAGUGUGGGCAGGUUGACAAAGCUGAAUCUAUAUUCGGUGUGUUGCCUAGAAAGAAUUUAGUAUGCUGGAAUGCGAUGAUAUCAGGCUAUGCACACAACGGCAAUGCAAACCAAGUGAUGAGGCUGUUUGAGCAGUUGGUGACGGCGUCGGACUUGCAACCGGACGGAAUCACAUUUCUUAGUGUCUUACAAGCGUGUGGGCAAGAUGAAGGGUUAUCACAUCUUGGAACACACUACCUCGAGUCGAUGAUCAGGGAAUAUGGGAUGGAUCCAAUGCCAGAGCACUGUUCUUGCAUGAUUCGUCUGUUGGGACAAAGAGGGGAGGUGUGGAAGGCAGAGUGGUUGAUACAUGAAUUGGGAUAUGGGUCGUGUGGGUUGGUGUGGAGGGCCUUGCUUGGUGCAUGUGGAGCUUGUGGGGAUCUGAAGGUUGCAGAGGUUGCAGCUGCCAAGAUAAUCGAGUUGGAAGGUGACAAUGAAUUGGUGUACGUAUUGCUGUCCAACAUGUAUGCAUCUCAUGGGAGAUGGAGUGAUGUGAGUGCACUAAGGGAGUUGAUGAGGAAAAGAGGAUUCAGAAAAGAAGCCGGUUUUAGUUGGAUUGAGGUGGAAAAUGUGGUCUCAACUCUCAACUAGCAAUUGAUUAAUUAAUUACAACCCAAUUAAAUUUUACUGUGA